GUGAGACAUGCAUAUUCUUAAAUUAUACUUGAACGUUAUAAAAUGGACUUGCCCUCAUGGAUAUAUUAUUCAACGCUUAUCGUAUCUGCACUAGGUCAGCCUUCGAAGCCGUCAAUAUCAGCAAAUCCAAGUAUUGUUCCCGAAGGUCAGACGGUGACCUUGUCAUGCAUCAGUUCGGAUGGUAACCCUGUCCUCCAUGCAUGGAGGCGCAAUGGUGAAGAGGUAACAGCCGGUACGCCUACCAAUACAAGCAAAACUCUGGUAAUUACGAAUGUAAGCAGAGCGGAUGCAAACAGUUCGUUUACAUGUACGUCAACUGACCAAAAUAACCAAACAUCGGAAAAGAGUGCCGAGUAUAACAUAUUUGUUGCGUAUGGACCAGACAGUCGUGUAAGCUUUUAUCCUCAGAACGACUAUUAUGUCCUGAACGAAAACACCAAAUUAGACGACAUAGCAUGUAUUGCAACAUGUAACCCAAGCUGCACAUUUGAAUGGAAGAACAGUGCGCAAGCCGGCGUGACUGAAAAAAGCGUUUUGAGUAUAGGGGUCGUGGACAGACGUGGCGCUGGAAAUUUCACAUGCACCGCAACAAACCCUGUAACAAAGGUCAGAAGCAGUAGCAGUCACAUAACAAUCCAUGUGAGAUAUGGGCCAGAUAAAGCGUUACUGAAUGCAUCAAAAGAAUUAGCGGUAACAGAAGGGCAACGUGUGUCCAUCACGUGCUCAGUUGAUUGUUGGUCCACGUGCCCUGUUAAAUGGUCUUCCAGUACCACUAGCAAUCUCGAAAACAACAAAGGAGACCUUGUCAUAGAGAACGUUAACAGAACGAUGUCAGGGUUGUACACAUGCAGCGCUUAUAAUAACGCAACUGGUCGUACCGUGCAAAACUCUACGCAAAUUUUUGUUCAUUAUCCCCCUGCUGUCACUAUGACUCUAACUCCGGCUAAUCCGAUAGAAGGCCAACCGUUGGAUGUAGUCUGUAAUGCAAGUGGAAUUCCGGCGAAGUAUGUAUUCACAAUGACUCAUACAUUGGGUGGCGUAAAUAUACCGAAUAGUCAUAUCAGAAACGACAAAACACCCACAUCUGCACCAGAGAAAAGAAUCCAUAUACCACGAGCGGUCCUUCAAGACAUGGGAACCUAUAUGUGCUAUGUACACAACCGCAUUUCGGACCAAAAGGGAAAUUUGCACAAAAGUGCAGCACUAGAAGUCAGAGUCUCAGUUAAACCUUCGUUGCUGAGUGAAACCCGGUCAUUUGUUACCUCAACUGGAAAAAAUGUAACCAUCAAAUUGCCCAUUUACUCACUGCCGUCCGUCAACGCAGCCUGGUUUGAGACGCCAAGAGGAUUAAACCUGAGUCACCCUACAGCUAAUUAUUUUAUUGAAAUCUUACAUGAACCAGUUGUUGCCACGUUUUAUGGAACUAUUGUGGACAUGUCUGCUUCGGUGUUGACGUUAAUUAUAUAUUCCGUACAAGAGGAGGACUAUGGUGACUACAAAGUUUGGCUCAGAAAUGCUGUUAACGUCACGCAAUAUACCAUAACUCUUACUAAAGAAACGUCGGCAAGCAGUUUGUCCUUGGCUGCAGUACUUGGUGGAUGUUUAGGAGGAUUGGUGGUUCUGGUUGUGAUUUGUGUGGUCGUUAAAUGCAUGUGCUGUAAAAGAAGAGAACCAGAACCUGAGCCGGAUGAUAACGAACCUCAACGUGAUCAAACGAUUGAACCACGGCACAUACAAAUAGUUGGAUCAUUAGACCCGAAUGAUGACCUUGCUCAGACUAGGGAAAAACGUCCUGUUCAUUCACGUGACACAGUCUAUCCAGAGAACCCGUGGUGGUUCAGGUCGUCUCUUCUUGGAAUCCAUCCGAUGAGAAAUAACUUGCAUACAAAUAAUCUCCGGGCGUCUCACAGAUCGAGCGACAUGGGCAGAGAAAGAUAUAAAAAUCCCAAUUAAACCAAGAAUUUUGAACAAAUUUACGUGGAUAUCGGAUCGUUCAUCGAGAUGUCCACAACAUCGACAGCGUUAUUAGAGGCCGGGUCCAAGAAUAUCUACAGUAGUGUGGACUACAUGAAAUGUCAUGCAUAUGUGAUUAUUAUUACUACCAGUGUUAUUUUGGAACAUAAAAACCUUAUGAGGACUUUAAUCGACAUAGUAAUAACCUGCGAGUUUGUUACAAUAUAUAUAUAUAGUGUGUUACAAUAUUUUUUAUCACAUGCUUUUAAAUGAGCAAAUUAAAUAAAUUUUUACGCAAAAAUAAUUAUCAAUCCCGAAUGUUGUUUACAAUUCGUGACGACAUUUGGCGUUGCAACGUCAUUUCGGCAAUAUAACAACAUGCGAUCGGUCAAUCGAACGAAAACUAAGCCGAUGAAAACGCUUAAAAAGUAUAUUACACAUGUGUAAGAUAAAAAUAUUUGUAAUGGUCAUAUUACAUGGGAAACAGGGAAUGGCAUGUGAUAAAUUUACUUGAUUACAGAUAAUGUAAGAUCAAAACAUAUUUGAAAUUUCGUGGUUUAAAAAAAUACUUUUUUCGUGGAAACACAAAGUCGUGAAUUUUUGAUUUUGUAACAAAAAAUAAAGAAUUUGAGUCGGUCAUUU